GCUCCCGCCCGCGUGUUUGUCAAUGUAUAAGUGCGCGGCGGGUGUCCAUGUGUGUGUGUGUGAGUGUAGGAAAGUGGAAAGUGUGUGAUUAAGUGCAGUCGCUCUCUGGCGGCCCACAAAAAAAAGAAUCAUUCACCAGUAGUGUUUAAUGAACGACUGAGCCAGAAAGCAGGAAACGCGAUCGUUCAACUUCCAACCGCCAAACUGUAUUUGUUGUUGUUUCUGUUUUGUUUUAUCAAGGAGAGACGCCGCAACCAAUAAGAAACAACACAAAAAAAAAAAAAACACCGAAACCAACACCCAGAAAGGCAACCAAGUCGCGUCAUCAGUGGAAGUGGAAAGGCAGUGAGUGGCCGUAGCAGCAGCAGAAGCAGUGGUUUUCCAGCUCCAGUUUACAAUCCUUAAAACAUGGACAGCAAGGGUCGCAAUGUUAUCGUCUGUGAUAACGGUACAGGGUUCGUCAAGUGCGGAUAUGCCGGCAGCAAUUUCCCCACCUUUAUUUUCCCCUCGAUGGUGGGACGACCCAUGAUCCGGGCAGUGAACAAAAUCGGCGAUAUCGAAGUCAAGGAUUUACAUGUCGAUGAUCUGAUGGUCGGUGAUGAGGCAUCACAGCUGAGAUCCCUUCUAGAAGUCUCCUAUCCCAUGGAGAACGGUGUGGUGCGUAACUGGGAUGACAUGUGCCACGUGUGGGACUACACGUUUGGGCCCAAAAAGAUGGACAUCGAUCCAACGAACACAAAAAUCCUGCUAACAGAGCCGCCAAUGAACCCCACAAAGAACCGCGAGAAAAUGAUCGAGGUGAUGUUCGAGAAAUACGGCUUUGAUUCCACAUAUAUUGCCAUUCAGGCUGUGUUAACGCUUUAUGCCCAGGGUCUGAUCUCGGGCGUUGUGAUCGAUUCGGGUGAUGGUGUAACUCAUAUAUGUCCCGUCUACGAGGAGUUUGCCUUGCCUCAUCUGACGCGUCGAUUGGACAUUGCCGGUCGGGAUAUCACUCGUUAUUUGAUUAAGUUACUGUUAUUGCGUGGCUACGCUUUCAAUCAUUCCGCUGACUUCGAAACGGUGCGUAUUAUGAAGGAGAAGCUCUGCUACAUUGGCUAUGACAUCGAGAUGGAGCAACGAUUGGCCCUCGAGACGACAGUGUUGGUGGAGUCCUAUACGCUACCCGAUGGUCGGGUAAUUAAGGUUGGUGGCGAGCGAUUUGAGGCGCCCGAGGCCCUUUUCCAGCCCCAUUUAAUAAACGUUGAGGGUCCCGGUAUUGCGGAAUUGGCCUUCAACACUAUCCAAGCGGCAGACAUUGAUAUCCGGCCCGAACUCUACAAGCACAUAGUGUUAUCCGGUGGUUCUACCAUGUAUCCAGGUCUUCCCAGUCGACUAGAGCGAGAGAUCAAACAGCUGUACUUGGAACGAGUACUCAAAAACGAUACGGAAAAGCUGGCGAAAUUCAAAAUACGUAUUGAGGAUCCACCGCGGCGCAAAGACAUGGUCUUCAUCGGCGGUGCUGUGCUGGCGGAGGUAACCAAGGAUCGCGACGGUUUCUGGAUGUCCAAGCAGGAGUACCAGGAACAGGGCCUCAAAGUGUUGCAAAAGCUGCAAAAGAUCAGUCACUAAAGGCGGUGGAUAGUGGUGAGAUAGUGUGUGAAGACCCUUUGAAAAACGAUGAACAAGUGUACAAAUUUCUUUUGGCUAGUUCGUAUAAGUUGAAAAAUUUUCGUUUCGCGUGAUUUAUCUGUCUUAAUGUGUGUGUACUUUUUUUUUUUUUGUUUUUAUGUGUGCCUGCUCUAGAGUGGGCGGCGCGUGUCUGUUGAGCAGGAUCGGUCCAUUAACUAACUUGUCUUAGCUUACCAUACAUCGCAGACAUACUCAAUUUCCGUACAAUGAAUUGUAAUUAAUUUCUUUCGCCGCAAGCUGAGCGUUAAAUAAGUGUAACCCGAUUAGUAGGGGAAAAUUGUGUAAACCCGGAUUAGUAUAUUUAAUUGAUUAUUAUGAUUAUCAUCUUGAUUUCGAUGAAUAAUAUAUAUAUAUAUACAUUUUCUGCACCACUAGAGUGCAUAUUGAUAUUUUUGUAAACGCAAAAUGUUUCAUUUCAAGCGAGUAUUUCACAUUUAAGUAUUAACUAGGCCAAGUCUGCUAGUAGCAGCGAUUAUAAAUCGUGUGUAUGUGUGUGGAUGAGACAGAGAAAAAAAGAAAGAAAUAUUAGGGCGAGGGAGUUGCACAGGACAGAAUGAGAUAGAGAGAUAGAGAGAGAGCGAGAGGGCUAAAGUUGAAAGUUAUCCUGCUUUUUCGUUAACUAAAGUAAACUGAUUGAACCGACGACACCCAGCCUUAAUCUAAGCAUUUCUGGGUUAUCUCCAAAUAGACAAAGAUAAACCAAGUCAGUCACAAGUUUAUGCAUUUAUUUUUUCUUUGCCCAAUAAUCGAAAGAAAAACAAAAAAACACGAAAUAUAAUCAAAGUCCGAAAGUGUUUAAUUUGUGUUAAUUUUCCUUUACACCUGCCUUUUCUAGUUAGUUGCAAUUUUGAUGAUUGUUGGGGCAAAGCGAACGCUAUAAAUGCGAAACUAACUAUCGGCAUAUAUAUUAUAUAUAUAUAUAUAUAUAUAUAUUUAUGUAUAUCUGAUCAAAAUAUAUGUAUAUAUAUAUUUAUAUUUAUAAUGAAUGUGGAAUGCCAAUUAUAUAAGUAAAUGCAAUAAACAUAAUUAUGUAUGAAGUAUACUGUAGUCUAAAGCUGAAACGUAAAUGACUUGGGUUUUUUUUACCAACUAAAAACAAAACAAGAAUCACAAUAAAAACAAAAAAACAAAAAAAAAACAAA